AUGAAGUUCGGCACCACCCUCCGCAGGAGCGUGUACCCGCCCUGGAAGGCGCAGUACAUCGACUACGACAAGCUGAAGAAGCUGCUCAAGGACAACGAGGACGACGACAGCUGGACGGCCGAGGACGAGAGCGCGUUUGUCGACGAGCUGGCCAACGUGCAGCUCGAGAAGGUGCACGGCUUCAUCCUCGACGUCGCGCAGCGGCUGAGGGAUCGCACGACCAAGUGCGAGAAGAGACUCGAGCCGUUGGCCGUCCGUGCCAAGGCGGACGAUGCAGAGGGCAAGGAGGGCAAGGAGGGUAAGGAGGGCAAGGAGGGUAAGGAGGGUAAGGAGGGUAAAGAGGGCAAGGACAGCAAGAACGACGAGGACGGCAAGGACAAGGACAAGGACAAGGACAACAACAACAACAUCAACAACAACAACAUCAACAACAACAACAACGACAACAACAACAACAACAACAACAACGCUGUCAAGAAUGGCGAGGCAGAACCCAGCCAGGAGGAGCGCGAAAAGCUGCUCAACGAGGUGCUGCUCGAGCUCGACCAGGUCACCAAGGAGGUCAAGGAGCUCGAGGGCUUCAGCCGCAUCAACUUCACCGCCAUCAUCAAGGCCACCAAGAAGCACGACAAGCUGCGCGGCAAGUCGUACAAGCUGCGCCCCUUCAUCGACGCCCGCAUUGCCCGCCACCCGCUGCACACCGAGGACGCCUCGCCGCUGCUGUACCGCCUGUCUGCCCUGUACUCGUUUGUGCGCCAGAGCCUCGAGGGCAAGUCCAAGGAGUCCCUGUCCUUUUCCGACGGCAGCACCACCGGCGAGGGCUUCACGUCGCACAAAUUCUGGGUCCACAUGGACAACCUCUUCGAAGUCAAGACCGUCAUCCUCCGCCGCCUGCCCGUCCUCGUCUACAACCCGCAGUCGGCCAACGUCGCAGAGGGCUCCCAGCGCGACCCCACCAUCACCUCCAUCUACUUCGACAACCCCAACUUCUCCCUCUACUCGGACAAGGUCAACGGCAAGGAGGAUGCCGCGUCGCUGCGCCUGCGCUGGUACGGCCAGCUCGACGAGAAGCCCGAGAUCAUGUUCGAGAAAAAGGUCAUCAAGGAGGGCAACGCCAGCGAGGAGGUGCGCUUCCCCAUCAAGGCAAAGUACAUCCAGCCCUUCCUCGAAGACAAGUACCACAUGGAGAAGAGCAUCGAGAAGCUCGAGUACCGUCCGAACAGGGACCAGGCCAAGAUCGACAGCUUCAAGGCCGCCGUCGACGACAUCCAGGGCUUCGUCAAGGAGAAGGACCUGCAGCCCGUCCUGCGCGCAAACUACACGCGCACCGCCUUCCAGAUCCCCGGCAACGACAGCGUCCGCAUCUCGCUCGACACCAACCUCGCCCUGAUCCGCGAGGACGCCCUGGACAUGGACCGCCCGUGCCGCGAGCCCGACGACUGGCACAGGCGCGACAUCGACACCGGCAACCUCGAGUUCCCCUUCAAGGCGCUCAAGAAGGGCGAGCUCCACAAGUUCCCCUUUGCCCUGCUCGAGAUCAAGGUCAAGGGCCUGAACAAGUACGAGUGGGUCGAGGACCUCAUCCACUCGCACCUCGUCAAGGAAGCCCCGCGCUUUUCAAAGUUUGUCCACGGCGUCGCCAAGCUGUUCGAGGACAACGUCAACACCUUCCCCUUCUGGCUCAGCGAGGUCGAGGACGACAUCCGCAAGGAGCCCGAGCAGGCCUUUGACGACGAGCAGGAGCGCAGACGCAAGGCCGCCGAGGACGAGUUUGCUGUCGGCUCCCUCUUCGGCACAGCCGCCAGCCCCUCGUUCCGCCGCGGCGUCGCCUCCCCCGUCGGCUCGCCGGCCGCAGCUCGCUCGGCUCCUAAGAGAGGUAGCGCCGCGCAGGUCGCCCCCAGCGCCGCUGCCCACUCGAUGCCCGCCACGCGUCUCCCUGUGUCGCGACUCGAUCCGCACCGGGAAGAGCGUGCCGCCGAGGAGCCCGACUCGGACGAGGAAGGCACCACAGCCCUGGCCGCACCCUACGGCAACGGCAACGGCAAAUCCAGCCGCCUCGCCAACCUCUUCCCCUCCUUCUCCACCUCCAAAUACGCCAAGAAGCAGCAGCGCCGCGUGCAGCUGCCCCCCGGCGUCUCCGCCCCCGGCGUCUGGAUCAAAGACCAAGGCCCCCUGCGCGUCGAAGCCAAGGUAUGGCUCGCCAACCAACGCACCUUUAUCAAAUGGCAGCACGUCUCCGUCCUCCUCGCCAGCUUAUCCCUCGGCCUCUACAACGCCGCCGGCGAGGGCAACAACAUCGCGCGCGCCCUCGCCGUCGUCUACACCUCCAUCGCCGUCUUCACCCUCGCGUGGGGCUACGGCAUGUACUGGUACCGCAGCAAGCUGAUCCGCGAGCGCAGCGGCAAGGACUUUGACGCACUUACCGGCCCGCUCGUCGUUGCGCUGGGACUUGCUGUCGCCCUGUGUCUCAACUUCGCGUUCAAGUACCAUGCCCUUGUUCAGCAGGGCCGCGAGCACGAGCACGGGCUUGCGGGCGUGGUUGGGAACGCGUCGUUCAGCAGUGAGCAGGUUGAGCUAAGGGUUUAG